AUGGCCUUGGCGGGACUGGCCCUGGGCGCGACAGCACCUGAGGGCAGUGCCUGGGACGAGCAGACGCUAGGAGUGAGGCUGCCUCGCGGGGUGGCGUCAUUUGGGGUGCCGCCGAGCGCGAGGGGAGGAGCCCCGCCUCCGAAACUGCACCUGAAUCUCGACAACCCGCGAAACGCGGCCCUUGUCCACGCGCUGCGGCAGCCUGGCGCUGUUCCGCCUGACUACAACAGCCUGACAGUGCCCUAUCUCUUGACCAUGAAGGACUCGAGCCCCGAGACCGUGCUGCCAGCCGACUACGGCAGGCUAGACUAUCUCAACUCUCUCGACACACAAGACCAAGCCGCCACCACUACUACACCGAGAACCAAGAUGGCCGGCCCUGGCCAGCGAAAGCCGAGCCACCCAAAGCGGCGAGAUACGGGGCAGGUCUCGGGCGGUGCGGAAUCCUCGGCGCCUAGUAGAAUAGAGAGUAAGGGCAAGUCUCGGCAGGGCGGCCGUGGCGCCAUGGCCGUUGCCAAGUCCGGGCCGGCUUCGUCAAAGCAUACGGGAACUGGUGGAAGCUUUCUAGGCAUCUCGCUGGAUGUUCGUUCUCGAGGGCGGCAUGGUCGACGCAGCGAGGCCCGGGGCAAGGACGGGGAGGAGAACGGUGACGAGGGCCGGGCCGUGCACAAGAAGCCUCGCACCAAGUAG